AAUCAUUGCUGAAUCAACAGAGUGUGUUGUACGUGUACAAAGAUGGUCCAUCUAACAGUUGUAGCUGCGCUGCUCCUGUCUUCUACAAUACUUACAAUGGGUGAUGAAAAUCAUGAUGUCGAAAAAAGAAAAGUCGAAGUAGGUAUUACAUCUCUGAUAAUGAAAGAGUGUGGUAGACUUGCUGAAGUCAAAAUAACAGUAGGCAAUUCUAGGAACAAACGAAUCAAGCUGACUGUUAGAGUGAUUAGCAGUAAUCGUAAAACUACCAAAAAAACCAUGACUAUCAGUAACAGAAAAAUAAAUCAAGUCGCGGAUGUUGGUGUUCGUGGAGAAGGAAAUUGGAUUGUAACGUUAUGCAAGAGGCGUAGUCCGAACGUUUGUUACGACCAAAGGGAGUUAUCGUGUUCUGGCGUCGAAAAAGAUCCCCACUUCACUACAUUCGAUGGAGUGAAGUUUAACUUCCAAGGUCUAUGUACAUAUGUACUUACUCAAGAUUGUACCAGUAUGACAAACCCAUCUUUUAAAAUCACUGCUGACUUUCGUGGGAAAUAUUCCGAACUACGAGAAAAGCCAUUAACACGAGUCGAAGCGGUUAACAUUCACAUUGGAGGAAAGCAGUUGCUGCGGAUAAUGAAGGACAAUCAUUUCCUGAUUGGUGGAGAGCUGUUCACCAACGCAUCGGCUUUAUUGGAAAAUGGAAAUGGAAAAGUGGAGAUCAAAGAUGAGCACUUGUAUGUUGAGAUACAAUCACCUCGCAUUUCCUUAAUAUGGACCAAAUCCAUAAGAGCGGUACAUAUUGAACUGAAGGACCCUGCGAUGCAUGGCAACGUGUGUGGAUUACUUGGAAAUUAUAAUGGAAAUCCAGAUGAUGAUUUCAUGAGACCUAAUGGUGAAAUAUUAUUUAGACCCGAUAUAUAUGAACUAGGCGACACUUGGACGGUGCCAGGAAGCUGUGACUACUAA